AUGCGAAUUUCUUCAACAGACAAGAGCUCUCCUCUCAGAAACUUCAUUGAGACAGAACACCAACAAGCCGGCCUGUACUCGCUGCCCGGGUUAGACUCUUUGGAUGCGUCCGAUAUCCAAAAGAAAAGAAGGCGUAAAUGUGGCGUCUGCGGCCCGUGUCUACUCAGAAAGAACUGCGGGAACUGCGGAAACUGCCUCAACAGAAAGACAGGAAAACAGAUCUGCAAACUGCGCAAGUGCGACUCCUUGAAGAAGAGGCGCGACGAGACUGAGAGGAGAGAUAGCCGGCUGGAUGGGGAUUUGGCUGCCGUUUACUGGACCACGAACCAAGACAGCUCACAAGAACGCAGGGUGGACUAUCCUGAAGACGCCAGUGCACUCAGCCUGGACACCACACGUCCUACAGCAGAGACUGUUUGCAGAGUCACAUCAGUGGAUGGCCCCAGAAGCGGAGGCCAGAUGGAAAUUGGGUCACAUGACCGCCUCCAAGAAGGCGCAUCAAACCUGAAUUUGGCCAAUGGGGUGAGCCGAUAUGCUAAUGGUGAUGAGGCGCCCAUGGAAGAGGAACAGCAUAGACAAGGCUGGGUGCCAGGGCAGCCCAAGGUCAGUGACUCCCAACAACACCACAACUGGACCAGUCGACCCAACACCACCCGGGAAUCCAUCCAACACGUGGACAUAGAAGAUGCACGCAAUCUGGUGGCAUUCUCUACUACUGUAUCACGACCUGCCUCCACCUCUUCCUCCGCCCAUGUGCAACAGAACACCAGUCGACUGUAUGAGAAAUUCACCCAAGAAAUGGGCGAGGGGGAACAGGUGGGACAGCCUGAUGGGCUUGCAAAGGGAAGCUGCCAAGGCCCAGACGACCUGGACACUCUACAAACUGCACUGAGCCAAGCCAAACAUGGACACAAGCCCCCAAAUUGUAAUUGCGAUGGGCCUGACUGUCCUGACUACCUAGAAUGGCUGGAGAAAAAAAUCAAGUUGGCAACAGAUGAUGAUAAGGCUCCAUGCAGCAAGUCUAUUACACACACUCAGCAGACAAAUGGCAACGGCGGACCCUCUACAUUCCCACAACAACAGCAGGGUCAUAAUCCACAGCAAGCCCCUGGUUCCAAACCGCCUAUUCCCUGCUCACCACAGGUCCUGUCCAUAGCCAAGGAGAGGAAUGUAAGUUUACAGACAGCCAUCGCAAUUGAAGCCCUCACACAGCUAUCUGGCACUGGUUCUCAGGCUUCCGGCUCUCUGGGCCACUACAACAAUAACCUCCACCAAACUAACCUCCAAAAUCACCCCACAAACGGCAUAGGGCACUCCUUCUCCCGCUCUCAAUCCGUCCCGCCUGGACUUCACACUGGUCAGCCAGCUCAAGAUCAGCGGCCGCAGUCCCAAGGUCCGCCUCCCCAUGCUUCCCCACUUCAGUCCUCUACCUCGCCUUUCCCGGGUCAGGGAUUCAACCCCCAUCCUCAGCACCCCCAGCACUGGCAGCAGGGUGCAGGCCAGGGGGAACAGAGGAACAUGUGGAUGGGUGCGAAGUCUGAAGCUCAUUUUGCACCUCACGGCAACCAAGACCCCAUGUCGGAGCUUAAACAACUGCUUGGGGACCAUACUGGCAAGUUUGACAAUGCACCCUUUAGACUCCCAGUUCAGCAAAAUAUGCAUCCCCAAGCAAACAUAGCGUUGGACAAGAUCAAGAAAGAGCAAGAUUCAAGUGAGCACUACCCUAUGGAUCCUUAUGGCAUGGCGAAUGGUCAUCAGCACUACCCCGGGAUGCCUAUGUCUCCAAACCAAGCAGCCAUUCGCCACUCCACUCAGGCAGCUCUUCAACAGCAUCUUCACUACAAACGAAACCUCUUCUCCAACCACUCUCCAGGGUUUGCCGGGCCACGUGAACCAAACGCAUGCCAAAACUUGAAGAAAUGGUGGCCACAGGAAGUUGAAAGGCAGCAGCAGCCAGUUGCUGGUGAGGAUAAGUUCUGCAUGCCCUCUUCCCCUUUUCCUAAACGCAUGAAGUUUGAAACGUCAGGGGAUAUAUCGGUGCUCUCCACAACAUGCUACUCAGAAGACGACACCCCGACCAAGGAUUUCCCAGCGUCUCCAUCACUCAAAGGAUUUCUCGAGUCCCCGCUGCGCUAUCUGGACACCCCCACAAAAAAUCUGCUCGACACCCCCUCCAAGGACCUACAAGCGGAGUUCCCAAUCUGCAACUGUGUGGAACAAAUCCUGGAGAAAGACGAGGGUCCGUACUACAACCACCUCGGAGCAGGUCCCACUGUGGCCUCUAUUCGGACCCUGAUGGAGACCAGGUAUGGACAGGCGGGAGAAGCAGUUCGUAUUGAAAAAGCUGUGUACACGGGCAGAGAAGGGAAAAGCUCGAGAGGAUGUCCCAUCGCUAAAUGGGUGAUUCGCCGAGGCAGUGAGAAGGAGAAGCUGCUGUGUUUGGUUCGGCAGCGCCCUGGGCAUCACUGUGACAACGCGGUCAUCAUCAUCCUCAUCAUGGCCUGGGAGGGAGUGCCCAGCGCCAUGGCCGACAAACUGUACCGCGAAGUCUCCGACACUCUCACCCAGUACGGAAACCCCACCAGCAGACGCUGUGGCCUCAACGACGAUCGCACUUGUGCAUGUCAGGGUAAAGACCCAGACAAAUGUGGAGCGUCCUUCUCUUUCGGCUGCUCCUGGAGUAUGUACUUUAACGGCUGUAAGUACGCUCGCAGUAAAAUCCCUCGCAAGUUCAGGCUUCAAGGAGAACACCCUGAACACGAAGAUAUACUCAGGGAUAAUUUCCAGAAUUUGGCGACUGAAGUGGCUCCAUUGUACAAGCGGUUGGCACCACAAGCUUACAGUAACCAGUGUCUGACCGAGUCUACAGCUCCGGACUGCAGACUGGGGCUGAAAGAAGGCCGGCCGUUCUCUGGAAUCACUGCCUGUAUGGACUUCUGUGCUCAUGCCCACAAGGACCAGCACAACCUCUACAACGGCUGCACUGUGGUGUGUACAUUGACAAAGGAGGACAACAGAAAGGUGGGGGUGAUUCCUGAGGAUGAGCAGCUGCAUGUUUUACCUCUGUACAAGAUUUCUCCCACCGAUGAGUUUGGCAGUGAAGAGGGACAGCGUGCAAAGAUGAAAACUGGAGCUCUUCAGAUUCUUCAGGCUUUUCGUCGUGAGGUGCGGAAACUUCCUGAACCAGCCAAGUCAUGCCGACAGCGCCGCCUCGACGCCAAGAAAGCAGCAUCGGAGAAGAAGAAGAACAAACUCAUGGCGCAGACAGGGGAAACCCCAGAGAAGGUUGUGAUCAAGACUGAGCUCAGGGUCACCAGCUCCCCACAACUGCAGGGAAAUAAAGCUGUCAUCAAGCAAGAGGUAAAGCCCAUUAUCAAGAAGGAGCCUUUUAACGGCUCCUUGGAUGGCUACCCUGUGCAGUCUGCAGAAGCGUUAAACAUCUACCCACAAGCAGCAUACUAUGCAAGGGGAGGCCUCCCUCCAACAGGCCAGCCCUCUUCCCCCAGCCCUGUUAACGGAUACCACCCCAAUCUGCACUACGGCUACUACAACUGUCCACCCAACGCACUUUUCCGUCCAAAGAUCAGGACCUAUGAGCGGAAGGCUGCUCAUGUAGACACCAAGCCUGAUGUCCAGAGCCUCCAGGCCUGCCUGAGCCAACCCGAGCAGAAUGUCUCAAACAAUAGCGCUUACACCACAAACCUGGAGUAUCAGUCCCGGCCCUCAUCAGUGUCCUCUGAGCAUACAGCCACUCCAGUGAUCAAACAGGAACCUAUGGACCUCCCAGUCCAUGAAGCAGCAAUGCAGAGCCCAGCGGGUGGGAACACCCCAAGCACGACUCCUCAGCCUGGGCCGUGGCCCGGACACAAGUUCAAUGGAAAUAUUGUUCCCCCAAAUCUAAACUCUAACCCAAGUGCAGGAGCCUCAAUGUUGAGCCAAGAACACAAGCAGUUUCACCAGCAUCCUCAGCAGCGGGCUUCACCCUUCCCCCAGCAGUGGUACCCAGGUUCCAACACCCCCAUGGGCUCCCCCUCUCCUUUGCACGCUCCUCCUUCUCCUGUGCCCUCGCCUCACCUCAUGAACCCCCACAACAUGCACUCAGCCUCCCCCCGACCCACUACCCCACGCCCCAGCACUCCUCACCCCGGAACACCUCAGCCUGCAAUUGCGAACUCAGGCCAAGUCCCAUCACAGCCGGGCACUCCCAGGCCGUGGUCCAGACUGUCCCCCAGUCCACAGGCCAACCCGUGGGCCAUGGCUCCAGGAGGCUACAGUCCUGUCAUUAAGCACAACAAUUCUAGAGGCGCCUUUCCUGACAAGAUGUGGUCAGAGAGUGGGGAGAGGUGUUCCACCCCUGUGGACCCACAGGAGAAGGCCUGGAAGUCCUAUGGGGGAUCUGCAGCCAGUACCACCCCCUCUCCCGCUCCGGAGGGCCGCUUGUUCCCUGAUGCGCUACAGCAGACAGAGCAGGCGUGUUGGGACCGCAACCAAGAAAGUGACGUGGAGAGCUGCAAAGGGCGCGAGGACGACGAUGACGAGGUGUGGUCCGACAGCGAGCACAAUUUCCUGGAUCCAAGCAUCGGAGGAGUGGCUGUGGCACCAGCUCAUGGCUCCAUCCUCAUUGAAUGUGCUCGACGAGAGCUGCACGCCACAACGCCGCUAAAAAGGCCUGACCGCACCCACCCAACACGCAUCUCCCUGGUCUUCUACCAGCACAAGAACCUCAACCAGCCCAACCACGGCCUGCAUGUGUGGGAGGCAAAGAUGAAGCUGCUGGCAGAGCGCACGCUGCAGCGGCAGCAGGAGGCUGCACUGCUGGGACUCUCCCAGGAAGACAUCAAAGCUCUCGGGAAGAAGCGUAAGUGGGGAGCCUCGGCAGCAGGGGCCAGUCCGGGGCCCGGACAGACUAAGGACAAGAGAGAGGGUCCCGUGACGCGCUUAGCUCCCACAUUCCACACCACAUCUAUGGUGCAGGUGUCUCCGUACGCCUUCACGCAGCUUACAGGGCCCUACAGCCGCUUCGUUUAG